UUAAAGCUGCAUCGCUUGAAAAAAGUUUUCUCAGACUGUGCUGGAGCUGGUGCUGAAAAAGGGGGCUUGCAAAGGCUGCCCUGGGGCUGGUGCUAAAAGAGCCCGCAGCUGACUUCAUGGUGCUACAAUAACCUUAGAAUCUACUUUUCACUCCCAGGAGGACCCACAUGUCUAAUAUUUAGACAUGAUGGCAAGCUGGGUGGAAGCAAGACCUCUCCUCAUUCUUACUGUUUUAUUAGGGCAGUUUGUCUCAAUAAAAGCCCAGGAAGAAGGCGAGGAUGAAGGAUAUGGUGAAGAAAUAGCCUGCACUCAGAAUGGUCAGAUGUACUUAAACAGGGACAUUUGGAAACCUGCCCCUUGCCAAAUCUGUGUGUGUGACAAUGGAGCCAUCCUUUGUGACAAGAUACAGUGCCAGGAUGUACUUGAAUGUGCUGACCCUGUAACUCCCCCUGGAGAAUGCUGUCCUGUCUGUCCACACACAACUGGAGGUGGCAAUACCAAUUUUGGUAGAGGAAGAAAGGGACAAAAAGGAGAACCAGGAUUAGUGCCUGUUGUAACAGGCAUACGUGGUCGUCCAGGACCAGCAGGGCCUCCAGGAUCACAAGGACCAAGAGGAGAGAGAGGCCCAAAAGGAAAACCUGGUCCUCGUGGUCCUCAGGGAAUUGAUGGAGAACCAGGUGUUCCUGGUCAACCUGGUGCCCCUGGGCCUCCUGGACAUCCAUCCCACCCAGGACCUGAUGGCAUGAGCAGGCCAUUUUCAGCUCAGAUGGCUGGAUUGGAUGAAAAAUCUGGACUUGGGAGUCAAGUAGGACUGAUGCCUGGAUCUGUGGGUCCUGUUGGCCCAAGGGGACCUCAAGGCUUACAAGGGCAGCAAGGUGGUGUUGGCCCUACAGGACCUCCUGGCGAACCUGGUGAACCUGGACCAAUGGGCCCAAUAGGUGCGCGUGGACCAGAGGGCCCUCCUGGAAAACCUGGUGAAGAUGGUGAACCUGGUAGAAAUGGAAACCCUGGUGAAGUGGGAUUUGCAGGAUCUCCAGGAGCUCGAGGAUUUCCUGGGGCUCCUGGUCUUCCAGGCCUGAAGGGUCACCGAGGACACAAAGGUCUUGAAGGCCCUAAAGGUGAAGUUGGAGCACCUGGUUCCAAGGGUGAAGCUGGCCCUACUGGUCCAAUGGGUGCCAUGGGUCCUAUGGGUCCAAGGGGAAUGCCAGGAGAAAGAGGGAGACUUGGGCCACAGGGUGCUCCUGGACAACGAGGUACACAUGGUAUGCCUGGAAAACCUGGGCCAAUGGGUCCUCUUGGGAUCCCUGGAUCUUCCGGUUUUCCAGGAAAUCCUGGAAUGAAGGGAGAAGCGGGUCCCACUGGGGCAAGAGGCCCUGAAGGUCCCCAGGGACAAAGAGGUGAAACUGGGCCACCAGGUCCAGUGGGCUCUCAAGGUCUUCCCGGUGCAGUAGGAACUGAUGGUACACCUGGUGCCAAAGGCCCAACGGGCUCUCCAGGUACCUCUGGUCCUCCUGGCUUAGCAGGGCCCCCUGGAUCUCCAGGACCUCAGGGUAGCACAGGACCUCCAGGAAUUCGAGGCCAACCGGGUGAUCCAGGAGUUCCAGGUUUCAAAGGAGAAGCUGGCCCCAAAGGGGAACCAGGGCCACAUGGUGUUCAGGGUCCAAUAGGUCCACCUGGUGAAGAAGGCAAAAGAGGUCCCCGAGGUGAUCCAGGAACAGUUGGUCCUCCAGGCCCAAUGGGAGAAAGGGGUGCUCCUGGCAAUCGUGGUUUUCCAGGCUCUGAUGGUUUACCUGGACCAAAGGGGGCUCAAGGAGAGAGGGGUCCUGUAGGUUCUUCAGGACCUAAAGGAGGGCAGGGGGACCCAGGACGUCCAGGUGAACCUGGCCUUCCAGGUGCUCGGGGUCUGACAGGAAAUCCUGGCGUUCAAGGUCCUGAAGGAAAGCUUGGGCCUUUGGGUGCUCCGGGGGAGGAUGGCCGGCCAGGUCCUCCAGGCUCCAUAGGAAUCAGAGGGCAGCCCGGGAGUAUGGGUCUUCCAGGCCCCAAAGGUAGCAGUGGUGACCCUGGAAAACCUGGAGAAGCAGGAAAUGCUGGUGUUCCUGGGCAGAGGGGAGCUCCUGGAAAAGAUGGUGAAGUUGGUCCUUCUGGUCCUGUGGGCCCCCCGGGUCUAGCUGGGGAGAGAGGAGAACAGGGACCCCCAGGACCCACUGGCUUUCAGGGGCUUCCUGGUCCUCCAGGGCCUCCUGGGGAAGGUGGAAAGCCAGGUGAUCAGGGUGUUCCUGGAGAUCCUGGAGCAGUUGGCCCAUUAGGACCUAGAGGAGAACGCGGAAAUCCAGGGGAAAGAGGAGAACCAGGAAUAACCGGACUCCCUGGUGAGAAGGGAAUGGCUGGAGGACAUGGCCCUGAUGGCCCAAAAGGCAGUCCAGGACCAUCUGGGACCCCUGGAGAUACAGGCCCACCAGGUCUUCAAGGUAUGCCAGGAGAAAGAGGAAUCGCAGGAACUCCUGGCCCCAAGGGUGACAGGGGUGGCAUAGGAGAGAAGGGUGCUGAAGGCACAGCUGGAAAUGACGGAGCAAGAGGUCUUCCAGGUCCCUUGGGCCCUCCAGGUCCUGCAGGUCCCACUGGAGAAAAGGGUGAACCUGGCCCUCGAGGUUUAGUUGGGCCUCCCGGCUCCCGUGGCAAUCCUGGUUCUCGUGGUGAAAAUGGCCCAACUGGGGCUGUUGGUUUUGCUGGACCUCAGGGUCCUGAUGGGCAGCCUGGAGUAAAAGGUGAACCUGGAGAGCCAGGGCAGAAAGGAGAUGCCGGCUCACCUGGACCACAAGGUCUAGCAGGAUCCCCAGGCCCUCAUGGUCCUAAUGGUGUUCCUGGACUAAAAGGUGGUCGAGGAACUCAGGGUCCACCUGGUGCUACAGGGUUUCCUGGUUCUGCCGGCAGAGUUGGACCUCCAGGCCCUCCUGGAGCUCCAGGACCUGCAGGGCCCUUAGGGGAACCUGGGAAGGAGGGACCCCCAGGUCUUCGUGGAGACCCCGGCUCUCAUGGGCGAGUGGGAGAUCGAGGACCAGCAGGUCCCCCUGGUGGCCCAGGAGACAAAGGGGAUCCAGGAGAAGAUGGGCAACCUGGUCCGGAUGGUCCCCCUGGUCCAGCCGGAACUACUGGGCAAAGAGGAAUUGUCGGAAUGCCAGGGCAGCGUGGAGAGCGAGGCAUGCCUGGCCUGCCAGGCCCAGCGGGCACACCAGGAAAAGUAGGACCUACUGGUGCACCCGGAGAUAAAGGUCCACCUGGACCUGUGGGACCGCCAGGCUCAAAUGGCCCCGUAGGGGAACCUGGACCAGAAGGUCCAGCUGGUAAUGAUGGCACUCCGGGACGGGAUGGUGCUGUUGGAGAACGUGGUGAUCGUGGAGACCCUGGGCCUGCAGGUCUGCCAGGCUCUCAGGGUGCCCCUGGAACUCCUGGUCCUGUCGGUGCUCCAGGAGAUGCAGGACAAAGAGGAGAUCCGGGUUCUCGGGGUCCUAUAGGACCACCUGGUCGAACUGGAAAACGUGGUUUACUUGUAAGUUCUCUGUUUUUCUUUAAAAAUAAACAAAAUACACUGCCGAAGAAGCACAAUUUAAGAUUCAUCAAUGAAAAUCAGCGAGUUCUUCAAACUUUGGACAAAAAUAUUAAUUUAAUGCCCAGGAAUUUGUAUUUGUUUCUAGGUCCUCCUGGUGAGCCUGGUCCACCUGGUCCCCCGGGUCCCCCCGGCCACCUUACCGCUGCUCUUGGGGAUAUCAUGGGUCACUACGAUGAGAGCAUGCCAGAUCCACUUCCAGAGUUUACUGAAGAUCAGGCGGCUCCUGAUGACAAAAACAAAACUGACCCAGGGGUCCAUGCUACCCUGAAGUCACUCAGUAGUCAGAUUGAAACUAUGCGCAGCCCUGAUGGCUCUAAAAAGCAUCCAGCCCGGACUUGUGAUGAUUUAAAGCUUUGCCAUUCUGCAAAGCAGAGUGGCGAGUACUGGAUUGAUCCUAACCAGGGAUCUGCUGAAGAUGCAAUCAAAGUUUACUGCAACAUGGAAACAGGAGAAACAUGUAUUUCAGCAAACCCAUCCAGUGUGCCUCGUAAAACCUGGUGGGCCAGCAAAUCUUCUGACCAUAAGCCUAUUUGGUAUGGUCUUGAUAUGAAUAGAGGAUCUCAGUUUGUUUAUGGAGACCAUCGGUCACCUAAUGCAGCCAUUACUCAAAUGACCUUCUUGCGCCUUUUAUCAAAAGAAGCUUCCCAGAACAUUACUUACAUCUGUAAAAACAGUGUAGGAUACAUGGAUGAUCAAGCCAAAAACUUCAAGAAAGCUGUGGUUCUCAAAGGGUCAAAUGACUUGGAAAUCAAAGCAGAGGGAAAUGUUAGAUUCAGAUACAUAGUUCUUCAAGAUACUUGCUCUAAACGAAAUGGAAAUGUGGGCAAGACCAUCUUUGAAUAUAGAACACAGAAUGUGGCACGCUUGCCCAUCAUAGAUCUUGCCCCUGUGGAUGUUGGCAGCACAGACCAAGAAUUUGGCAUCGAAAUUGGGCCAGUUUGUUUUGUGUAAAGCAAGCCAAGAUACAUCGACAAUGAGCACCACCCCCGCCAUCAAUGACCACCACCAUUCACAAGAAUUUUGACUGUUUGAAGCUGAUCCUGAGACUCUUGAAGUAAUGGCUGAUCCUGCAUCAGCAUUGUAUAUAUGGUCUUAAGUGCCUGGCCUCCUUAUCCUUCAGAAUAUUUAUUUUACUUACAAUCCUCAAGUUUUAAUUGAUUUAAAAUAUUUUUCAAUACAGCAGUUUAGGUUUAAGACGACCAAUGACAUUGACCACCUUUUAAAAAAGUAAACUGAUUGAAUAAAAUGAAUCUCCGUUUUCUUCAAUUUAUUUCAAUGUAAUGACAAAGUUGCUUAGUAUUUAUGAGAAAAUUCUUCCUGGCAGGUAGCUUAAAGAGUGGGGUAUGUAAAACCACAACACAUGUUUGUUUCACUUGACUGUAGUUUGAAAAAUACAAAGUAGUGCCCUUUUGUGACCUCUCAUUCCCAAAUUAUCAAUUAAAAAUGAAAUCAGAAUUUUUACCCUUGUGAUUGAAACCCACAUGCACGUCUAGAGAUUGUGUAACUACCAUAGGGACUCUUCAAAGAGAACUUGAAAAAAACCCCAUCAAUUUCUCACUGUAUUAAAUGGAAUUUUUAAAUACUAUACAUUCAUUGGAAUUUCUGGAAAACAAAGUGAUCUGAAAUUUUUGUAAAGGGUGGUAAGUUCAGACUUUUUCCUCAUUCAAAUUUGAAGGUACCUUUCCCUCUUGACUCAGUCUAUCAAUAUAGAUAGAAGUUACCAUGAAUAUACCAUUGAAUACAUUUGCACUUUCUUGUUUAAGAAGACAUUGAAUGAAAAAUAAUUUACAUGUACAACUUUAUAAACAUAUGUCCAGGACCCAAAGUCGAGAGUCUUCCACAUGUACAAUCUCAUCAUCCUGAAGGCUAUAAUGAAGAAAAAGAUUUAGAAACUCAAGUGGUGGAGCUGACUCUAAUCAAAUGUGAUGAUUGGAAGUAGAACAUUUGGCCUUUGAACUCUCAUAGGAAAAGUGACCCAACAUUUCUUAGCAUGAGCUACCUCAUCUCUAGAAGCUGGGAUGGACUUACUAUUCUUGUUUAUAUUUUAGAUACUAAAAGGUGCUAUGCUUCUGUUAUUAUUCCAAGACUGGAGAUAGGCAGGGCUAAAAUGUAUUAUUAUUUUUCCUCUAAUGAUGGUGCUAAAAUUCCUUUUAUAAAAUUUUUUAAAAAUAAAGAUGGUUUCACCAAUACCAUUUGUGAAAAAAUAACUGUUAGACUUCCCAUUUCUGAAAGAAGGAGCAUUGUUCCAGUGCCUUUUCAUUGUUCAUCUGUCAUACUGUAUCUGGAAUGUUUUGUGAUACUUGCAUGUUUCUUAGACCAGAACAUGUAGGUGCCCUUGUGUCUCAAGGUUUUUUUCCCCCUUAAAUGCAUUUGUUAGCUCCAUUUUUAUUUUUUCUUUAAAAAUAAACAGCUGGGACCAUCCCAAAGGACAAGCCAUGCACGCAACUUUAGUCAUGUAUCUCUGCAAAGCAUCAAAUUAAAUGCACGCUUUUGUCAUGUCAA